UCUCAACGUUCUUACUUUUAAAAUAAAACUCUUUCGGAUGAGGAAAAAGUGGAACGAGACGUUACCGGUCUGUUCUUUUCCGCGACAAGGUCAGGAUUUUACGUUACAUGACAGGAAGAACAGCUACUGUCCGAUCAGUCGGCAGUUGUAAGAGAUGUCCUCUUAUAAAACAAGAGAUGUUAGAGUUGCAACAAUAUGCUGUGCAGGGCUUCAUGUAGCUGCAGCAUUGUGUAUCACAGAUCUAGUGUGGGAUUGCGACUCCAGCUUCUGGAUUGUGAGAAACUUGCUCUCUCCUCCUCUGCCUGAGGCCUCUUUUUCCUCUCAGACCCAAUGGCUGGCCGCCUCCUGGUCAGAUGUGCCCGCUUGCUUUGCCGGGCCUCCUCUUCAGCAACUGCAACUGCCCGACUGCCUGCAUUUGGCGUUGGACCUGCUGAGGUGCCAAGAGCUAAGGGCUGGCCAUGGGUUACAGAGAGGCUAAUGUGUGAAAGGACAGUUACCAAGGAAGACCCAUGUCCAACUGUGACUACACGUUCCCAACUGGAUGUGGCUUUGGAAAAGGCAACAGCGCCAGAAGACAUCCUGUCAGCCUGGGAACAGUAUGGCGGAAAUGGUAAUCAAGCUGCCACAGCCAUGAUAAAGUGGACUCAGUUGGUGCUGAAGACAAAGGGGAAAUUUAGGGAACAACAACCAGAACUGCUGACAGAUUCAAGGGUUCAGGAUAUGAUGAAAACAAUAUCUCAAAAGGUGUCUUCGGUGUGGAACAGUAAUCUAGUAACUGUUUUACGGACUCUCUGGAUUAUGGGUGUACCCCCUACCAAUGCAGUGCUAAGUUCUGUCCAGACAGAGAUCAUAUGGAGGGUCCGCAGGCUAACAUACAAGCAGCUGGGCUACCUGGCAGACUGGGGAGUGGCACGGAAAACACCACAAGACGCAGCAGUAGUGAACUCUGCUUUAAAACAACUGGAGCUGCGCUGGACUGAAAUAGCUGAUGCCAAAACUGUCUGUACAUUAAUAUCCAAAGGAGAACACGUGUCACCAACUUUAAUGGAUAGACUUGAAGACAAGGCCUUGGAGCUUGCUGAGACAUUUUCAGCUGAAGAGAUUCGUAAAGUAUGUGUAUCUUUGGCAGCUCAGAGUCGCAGAAGUGUUCCACUACUCAGGGCUCUGUCCUACUACCUCCUCCAGAAGCCCUCGUCAGAGUACACCACUCCACUGAUAAUGGAUAUGGCCUUUGCAUACGGAAAGCUGAAUUUUAAUCAUACUCAGGUUUUUCAACGAAUGGCCAGCGAGUUGUUACCCAGAGUCCCUGCGCUCAGCUCUGCUGAUGUCACACGCUGUGCGAAAUCACUGGGUUUCCUCAAAUGGCUCCAUAUCCCUCUCUUUGAGGCCUUCGCUAAGCACUAUACAGCAAACAGUAACAACUACAGCACCCUCCAGAUCUGUAAUCUACUCAUGACUUUUGCCAGACUAGGCUUCCAGCCCAGCAAAGAAGAUGAGUUUUUUAUCAAGGCUCAUGUUGUGUUGGAGGAGUCUCUCACGAGCUUGGAGCCUUUUCUGCAGACGGAUGUGGUUUGGUCUCUGUGUGUGCUACAGCAGGCCAAGCCCCAGUACCUCAUCCCACUUACUCAACAAAAUCAUGUCAACAAACUGUCAGAGGGCAGCCCAGCUCGAGUGGAGAACUAUAAACUGAAGCUGUUGCAUAUCGCUGCCACUCUUCACUUGGAGCAUCCGAGUUCCUCAGAUACUGCGUCCUCGCCCAGUUUCCUGUCUGUCCCAGCCAACAGCUCCCCCCUGUCUCCCCUGCAGAGCAGUCUAAGAGAGGCCUUGCUGUGUUUGGUGGGUGGGAAGACAGAGGUCCUUCGCACUGGUGUUGACACUGUGUAUGGAUGGACUAUUGAUGGUGAGAUGGUGGUGGACUGUGACAACAAACCAGUUGAUAUAUCAAUGCUAAAAGCCCCUCAUUUACUAAGUGGAGGAGGAGAUCAGGAUUUACCUGCAGGGGCACGACGGCUAGCUUUCUUGGGUUGGGAAUUUCCAGACUUUGGCUCCAAGAGUAGAGACCUCCUGGGACGUUUUGUCAUGAUGAAGCGACAUCUUCAGCUGGCUGGUUUCAUCACAGUGGAGGUGCCAUAUUAUGAGUGGCUGGUGCUGAAGACGGAGUGGCAGAAACUGGCCUACCUGAAGGAUAAAAUGGGGAAGGCUGUGGCUGAAGAUAUGGCCAAGUGAACUGAGGGACAUUUGCAGGCUCAGCUAAAUCAGAGCCUUCCCCGUUACACUGGACCACAGGGAAUACACACAUCCACCUACACUCACACGCUGAACUGAGCAGCAUUGCAGCAUGGCAAUACAAAAAAAGAGAGAAAAAAAAACAGAUUUUGACUCUGGUUCCCUUGGCAACGUGUGGGGUUUUUCCUGUUUCCAUAGUGAUGAUAAGUAAAGAAUUUUGGAGACAGAAAUAAACACAACCGCGAGAUGACCUGAUAAAGUCUUUACAUCUGUGAGUGACUUGAAAACAGAUGUUGUGUUCUGUGGAAUCAAGGCCAAAAUAUACUUAAUAUUAGGAUGUGAAUGGAUCCAAAUAACUUAUCUGUGUCUGUCAAUUUAUGAUGGAAUAAAUAGUUUUAUUGCCA